CUCGUUUUUUUUUUCUGUCAAGUUACAUACAAAUAUUUAAUAUACCAUGGCGCCUCCCAUGAUGCAACCACAAAUUAUCCUUUUAAAAGAAGGUACCGAUACUUCUCAGGGAAAGGGACAACUUCUUUCGAAUAUUAAUGCUUGUUCUGCUGUUGUUGAUACUAUCAGAACAACUUUGGGUCCUAGAGGCAUGGAUAAACUUAUGGUUGACAGCAAAGGUGAAGUAACGAUCUCUAAUGAUGGCGCUACUAUCAUGAAGUUGCUUGAUAUUGUUCAUCCUGCUGCAAAGACAUUAGUAGAUAUUGCUCGUUCUCAAGAUGCUGAGGUGGGUGAUGGUACUACUAGUGUUGUUUUACUUGCCGGUGAAUUAUUAAAAGAAAUCAAAAGUUAUAUUGAAGAAGGUGUUAGCCCCCAUGUGAUUAUUAAGGGAUAUAGACAAGCUGCUCGUUUGGCUAUUGAUAAAGUAAAGGAAUUAGCUGUCAAGAUUGAUAAAAAUAACGAAACCGAAUUCCGUGAUUUACUCUCAAAAUGUGCAGCCACUGCUAUGAAUUCUAAAUUAAUUUAUUCUCAAAAAGAGUUUUUUACAAAAAUGGUUGUCGAUGCUGUCAUGUCACUUGAUCAAGAAAGCUUAAAUGAACGUUUGAUUGGUAUCAAGCGUGUUCCUGGUGGCGCCAUGCAAGACUCAAUUCUUGUCAAAGGUGUGGCCUUUAAAAAGACUUUUUCAUAUGCUGGUUUUGAACAGCAACCCAAGUCUUUCAAGAAUCCCAAGGUCCUUUGUCUCAAUGUUGAGCUUGAAUUGAAGGCAGAGAAGGACAAUGCUGAAGUUCGUGUUGAACAAGUAUCUGAAUAUCAAGCUAUUGUAGAUGCUGAAUGGCAAAUUAUUUACCAAAAACUUGAAGCUAUCGUAGCUAGUGGUGCCAAGGUUGUUCUUUCUAAAUUACCUAUUGGUGACUUGGCUACACAAUACUUUGCCGAUCGAGAUAUUUUCUGUGCUGGUCGCGUUGCAAAGGAUGAUAUGGAUCGUGUUGUUCAAGCUGUGGGAGGUUCAAUUCAGUCAACAUGUUCUGAUUUAAAACCUGAACAUUUAGGUCAAUGUGAAUCCUUUGAAGAAAAGCAAGUAGGUGGUGAACGUUUCAAUAUCUUUGAAGGAUGUCCUCAAGCCAAGACAUGUACUUUGAUUCUUCGUGGUGGUGCAGAACAAUUUAUUGCUGAAGUAGAACGUUCUCUUCAUGAUGCUAUCAUGAUCGUUAGACGUGCUAUUAAAAAUAAUUUAGUAGUCGCAGGUGGUGGUGCUACAGAAAUGGAGCUUUCUAAAUAUCUUCGUAUGCAUUCUCGUACAAUUGAAGGCAAACAGCAACUCAUUAUUAGUGCCUUUGCAAAGGCAUUAGAAAUCAUUCCUAGACAAUUGUGUGAUAAUGCUGGUUUUGAUGCUACAGAUAUUUUGAACAAAUUAAGAAUGAAACAUGCUCAGGGAGGUGUUUGGUAUGGCGUUGAUAUUAAUAAUGAAACAAUUGCAGAUAAUUAUGAAGCCUUUGUUUGGGAACCAGCACUCGUGAAGACAAACGCAAUUGCUGCUGCUACUGAAGCUGCUUGUUUGAUUUUAUCUGUUGAUGAAACUGUAAAGAAUGCACAAAGUGAAAAGCCUCAAGCUGGUCCACAAAUGCCUCGUGGUGCUGGUCGUGGACGUGGUAUGAUGCCCAGCCGAUAAAAAAAAGAAAAGAAAAGAAAAGAAAAGAAGAGAAAAAAAAACGCCCCACAUAAAUAAAUAAAAAUAAUUAU